AUGGCUGCCCCUGCGCUUUAUCUUCUCUUCUUCCUUUCCAUCAUAACCCUCUCGCUAGCAAGCGUAAACAUAGACUGUGGAACAUCCGCAUCUGGAAUAGACAACAACAACAUAAGAUGGGUCGGAGACACAGACCUCAUCACAACCGGAAAGUCCUCUACUGUUCUUAACAACGAAUUAGAGAAAUCCCUUUCCACACUCCGAUACUUUCCAUCUGGCAAAUCCAACUGCUACUCCAAGAUUCCCCUCACAAAAGGUGGCAAAGUUCUAAUAAGAACGGUAUUUUAUUACGGGAAUUACGACCGGAAGUCCUCAUUUCCAACUUUCGAUGUGUUGUUUGACGGGAAACACCUAGGCACCGCAUCGAUAUUGUCGUCGUUUGAUCCUUACCUUUUGGAGGUGAUAUUUUCUCCGGCCAGCAGCGAGACUAGCGUUUGUUUUUUACGUACGUCUUCUUCGAACCCUUUUGUAUCCUCCAUUGAAAUUGUAGAAUUGGAUUCAGGCAUGUACAACGAGCUUGGUCCUGGUGAAGGUUUGUUUUACCAACAACGAAUUGCGUAUGGUGCUACCAUAGGUCUAAGAUCGGAUCUUCACGGUAGGUUCUGGUUUCCAUCGGGGUCACAUGCUUUGUACAGAGAAAGGAGGUCUAGGGCCACAUUGAUAGACACAUCGGGUGCUUCCAACCAGCCGCCUGAGAUCGUCCUUCGAAAAUCUUGGUCUGGUGAUGGCUUAGUGCUAGGGGACCCCACUCUUCCUUCUGGAGGAGUGCCAGUUUACUUGGCAAUGUAUUUCUCUGAGCCUAUUGACACAUUGAGCUCAAGAUCAUUCAACAUAUUUUUAGAUGGUAAGCAAGUGAAUGAAAGUCCAAUUGAGCCCGUGUUUGGAGAAACAAUACAAGUGGUCGUGAAAAAUGUAGUAGCCAACUCCACCACCGAAUUAGAGUUUCGCUCAACCGCUAGUUCGUUUUACCCACCCCUGAUUAAUGCCGUGGAGCUUUAUGUGAUAAGUACGGGUACAAGCGUAGGUGGAGGAGGAGGAGGUGGGUUCAUAGAAGAAAAGAAUAGUAAAUUGCCAAUUAUACUUGGUGUGGUAGCUGCGGUGGCGCUUCUUCUUAUCGCAUUCGUGGUCAUCAUUAUUAUCUUAGCAAAUCGUCACAAAGCGAGGAUGAAAGCCUUGGCGAUGCCUACAUCCACAGUGGCUAAUAUGGAGACCGGAUCGUCGCCUCAAUCCGAAGAACAGAUGGGUCACAACUUGAACCAGCCUGCAAAUGAAGCGGGCCAGGAGAGAUCGACGACCUGA